AGAAAGCGUUUAGCGGUCAGGAUUCUUUUUCUUUUAUUUCAAUCAUAUCUGCUAUAAAAUUAUUUUUUUAUAGAUGCUUCUGCGUAUAUAUAUAUAUAUAUCUUACACUAGGAAUGAUAAAAAAAUCUACAUUAGCUAAAUUAAGGAAACAAGCUGUGGACACCGGACAUGUCGUGAUGUGAUGAUGGACAACAUUUGAGAUGGUCACAGCAUCCUGGGUGCAUUCAUUUGAUAAGAGUUUUCAUUCUGACUGACAUGGGAAAGAUUUCUUAUAGACGACGAUCAAAAAGGAGACGAUCAAACUCCAUACAGAGAGAAAAUGACCAGCAAGGAGUCAUCUCCGAUAACGUGAAACAGGAGCGUGAGAUUUCUGAGCACAGCUUCUCUGAGCCGAGACACAAUGAAAAUGAAUCCGAUGUAUUUUCCAACUCACUGAGCCUGAACACUUCUGCUGUGGAUGGAAGUCAUGUUUUUUUUCCAGUGUUUUCCCAUAGUAACGUAGGACAAGUAACGAUCAACAGCACUUACGCGAUAAAUAACAAGUCACCUGAUACCAGGGAGAGAAAUCCAGAAUCUCAGGCUCAGGAUGGAUCCUCUGACGUUGACGCCUCCGCAACAACUAUUUUAAGGACUCCUAAAAAAUCCAAGAAGUUCAGGAGAAGUCGACGUUCUGCUGCCAGACGAUCUCCCACCCCCUUCCGCGGACCACGUGACAUCGUGGGUGAGAUUACUGGAGCUCGCGUCACCUCCGAGUAUCACUGCAGUGAUUGCAGAUUCAAAAUUCCUUCCUGGAAACCUUUAUGCUUUAACGUCAAGUGUCCCGGGUGCAAGAUGAGCUGGAAGUGCGAUAAAAUCCAGUGUACUUGCAAAGCUAAAAUAACCCUGGAGCUGCCCAGUGGGCAGAUGCAGAGGAUCACGCUGGACGAUUCGCUAAUGCGCUCCAUUGUUAGGUUUAAACCACAGGGCUACUGCAAGACGGAGAGAAUCGAGACGAAGAUUCUGAAGAUUGGGAGCGUGAGAGUGGUGUAUAACGAUGGAGUCUUGAGGAGCGUGACCAAGAUUUCGUCCAGCUCCAUGUCUCUCCGUGAUAUUCCAGACGCCUUCCAUAGUUUCUGAUUAGGGAUUCUGAAAUCUGCACUCCAGUAUGGUAAUAAAUGUGUAAAAUGUGUAUAAAAAACCCCAAAACAAACAAAUCAAUAAUUCGAAAGUUACAUCAAUGUUUAUGUGUGGAAAGUUCCUCGUAUUCAGAGUGGGGUUACACACACGUUAAAGCCGAAUACCGGGUCUCUGUAGUUCACGCCUCUGUGGUUGACCAGGACCUUGUUGCCGGUCCACCGGUCCUUCCUUGGACCACUUUUGGUAGAUACUAACUCGAGAAACACCCAUGUGUCCGCCGAUAAAGGUGAUUUUUCACGUUACCGAUAAAAACAUCCGAUGAUCAGGGCCGAUUAUAUCCUGUCAAUCAAAAGAGGGCGGGAAAACACAUUGAUUUUGUGCUGUGUGUAAAGACGAUGUUAAUAGUGUGAUUAAGGUGUGUACAUGUCUGUAAUACACACCGAUAACGCGAUUAAAACAGGAAUAUUCCACACGUCUUAAUUCCAUUUGUGCUUACUUUGAUUAUGACUUUAGUCUGAUUAAGGUCAUCACUGAUCUCUGUUUACAUGCUAGUUUCUUAAUCAGAGUAUCGUCUUAAUCGGGUUGAUAUCGGAUUAUCGUCAUCCGUGUAAACGUACUGACUGUUAUUCACUUCACCUGCCAGUGGUUUUAAUGUUAUGGCUGAUCAAUGUAUAUUUUACUGUGAACUAUUGUGGUUA